UCAUUUUUUCUGGGAGAGGGCUGGAUGAUUACUUCCCAUAGAACAUUUGGAGGAAACGUUUGUGAUAUAUAUUAGCCCAUUCCCUGCGUAUGCUUUCUCGUUGAAAAAAGAAGCCAGAUCUGGGGAAACGUUAGGCAGACUCGCUUCGGGGCGCCCUGCAACAGGGCGAGGGAGGGAAGAAAGAAGAGAUCGCGGACACCAGGUGCAAGUGGGGGCGGGUUUCUGGGGAUUUCUCCGCCUUGGGGAGGCGGAGAUCUUAAACCCGAGAGAAAUAAAGGAAUGAGGGGAGAGAGAACAAAGAUCCAUCUCGGUUUUGCAAACGGAGCGCGACCCCUCCGAUCCGGCCAUGGGGGAAACUUUUCUACGCUGCCCGCUGCGCACUCCAGGCGGCCGGGUUUUGGUGUCGCUACCGCCGGGCGGUGAAUUCCUGCUGGGCACUCCGGAGUUCGUAAACCGGGCGAGCGAUGAGGGAUUCUGCAUUCCCAUCCAGGAGAUGGUUGCUGUGAAGCUUGGAACAGCCAGUAACAGAAAGGAGAUUUCGGAAUCUACUAGGGAUGAAAACUCUUUCACAGUCUUUUUUAUACAGAGGGGAAAAGGAGAGUUUUGGAACCUUGGAGUGCUGGAGUUCACUGCCCCACCCACAUCUCCGCUAGCAACACGCUGGGUCAGGGCCCUUCAGACCUGGAUUCAUUAUCAUGGUGUUACACGGCCCAAGAGUCUUCUUGUCUUCAUCAAUCCAGUGGGGGGACGUAAGCGAGCAAUGCAGAUCUACCAAAACCAAGUGGCUCCUUUUGCCCUGGCAGGGAUCCAUGCUCAAGUUGUGGAGACGUGCCAUGCGAAUGAGGCUCGGGAUUACAUCCUACAGCAAGAUCUCUCUGGCAUCGAUGGGCUGGUAAGUGUGGGAGGCGAUGGCACAUUCAAUGAAGUGAUGCAUGCUUUAAUCGACCGAACCCAGCAGAAGGCAGGGAUGCUCAAAGAAGAGGACAUGGAUGCUGAGCUUCUGCCCCCAAGACUUCGCAUCGGCAUCAUUCCUGCAGGUUCUACAGAUUGUGUCUGCUUUGCAACCGUCGGAACAAAUGAUCCCGUCACCUCUGCUCUGCACAUCAUUAUGGUGCUUAGCCAGUGCACUAUCCUUCUGUGGCUGCUGAGAGUGAUAGCCAGCCUCGGAUGUCUGCAGCAUUUGGCACGAUGGGAUGCUUUUUGCGCUACUCUUCUCCGUCUCCUGACUGGUUACGGUUUUCUACGGCGACGAGCCAAAGCAGUGAUAAGCAACCGCAGCUAUGAAGGCAUGGUGGAAUUCCAGUUAGCAGAGUCAGAGAACAAUCCGCAGGAUCAGUCACGCUGCCGGGCAGGUUGCCAAUGCAUUAAGAGGACUAAGUGGGGAAGACAAAUAGGUGAACAGCUUAUAACACCAUUUUUUUUUUCCUUUUCAGCUGCAUGGUUUGUUCUGAGUCUAGCAAAAACCUUCUGGGCGGAAGCAAGGAAGACAAUUUUUCCAGAAUUCACAAAGCAGGCAGGUAGCGAAUGGCAGCGGGUUCAGGGUAGCUUCCUGGCAGUCAACCUGACCUGCAUGAGUAGUGCCUGUCCUAAGAGCCCAAAGGGUCUCUCACCUUGUGCCCACCUGGCUGAUGGAACUGCUGACCUUAUCUUGGUGCACAAAUGCUCGGUCUUCUCCUUCCUGCAGCAUUUGAAUCGGCACACCAACUGCUCAGACCAGUUUGACCUGCCCUUUGUGAGUGUGCACCGGGUUCGAGCGGUUCGCUUCACCUCCCCCAAAGGGGAAGACUGGGAAGAAAGGCAACAAGCUGCACAACAACAGAACAUCCUCUGUGGGGGAAUAUGCCAAAGACAGCCACUGGUAAGCUGCUGGACUUGUGAUGGAGAGACGUUGGACCACACUGAUAUCACCAUUCGGGUACACGGGAGCCUCAUCAAUCUCUUUGCUCGUGGAAUUGAACAGCAACCCUGCAUAUCCUAGAAGUUUUCUGCCAGGUGAAAGGCAAAGCUCCUGCUGAGAACUUCACAGCACGGUUUCAAGAGAGCCGGUUUCCUAAUAUAUGUAUGGAUUAGGAAUGGAAUCUAAGAGGUUCCAGGACAGAAGCUGAGCCUGAGAGAAAGUUCAGUUAUCAGAGACGGCUUCCUCCAUGAGGAGGUGGUGGCUCCAGCUCUUGUCUGCUGCCUUCCCCUUUGUUUGGAAAAGGAGAGGCAUGGAUGCUACCUUGGCAAUACAGGUCCAAGCCCUGCUGCUCCCAUAUUUCAUUUAUAGCCCUUCGGGCCAGCCGCUGUGGUGCAAUACUGAGAUUCGGUUGCCCCAACGGGUGAAGAUGAAGGAAGAGCUCAUUGCUACAAGUAGACUUAAGAGGCCCAAACAGACACAUUCACGAGACGCAAAAUGGGGGGGGGGGGUUUGUAAUAACUUUCGUUUACAGAACAGCAUCAUGUACAAAUCGAAAGGAAUGUUAAGAAGUAGUUCC